AUGGACAGACUGGCUAGACCGUCACUUUUUGUUAUUCCAUUGCUGUUGACCGUUUUUAAAAGAACAGCAAUGUCUAAUUUUACUUACACAAAUGGAUUACAUUCUGUUGCUUUUGUUACAGUUCCGAGUAAUGAUGUUGCUAAAAAAUUAGCACAUGGGAUUGUGAGUAAUAAAUUAGCUGCUUGUGUUAAUAUUGUUCCUCAAAUAACUUCAAUUUACGAAUGGAAAGGUGAUAUACAAGAAGAUUCAGAAUUAUUACUCAUGAUAAAAACCAAAACAAAUUUAGUCGAUAAAUUAACUGAUUUCGUUAGGAAAAAUCAUCCAUAUGAAGUUUGCGAAGUUAUAAGCACUCCUAUUGCUAAAGGAAAUGAACCUUAUCUGAAAUGGAUCAAUGAUGUUUUGCCUGAAAACUAA